AUGUGGCAGGCCAGCACUGCCCCUCGCGACAUAUUUAGCUUUGCCUUUGCUUUGGGUGCUUCAAUUCAUUCCAUUUUUAGGGGUCGUGAUCGUCGUGGUCGUCGCAUAACAAGGGCCAAGAAAGCAAUGGGGGCCAAUUUAGGGGCACUCAUUCUCACCCGCUGCCGAGCCAUCAAAGAGGCACCCAGACCCGGUUUUUGGUUCACAUUUCUUUUUUCUGGGAGGGGACUUUUUGACUCAGUCCUCCGCACCCAAGUCUGGUACUUGGCAUUGGUUGGCGGAUUCCGCAAAGAGAUCGACACGACAGAGAACACAUCUCUACCCAAGGCAACCAAGGGUGCUUGCUCCGUAGGAAAAAUGCACAGCAGACAACUAGUCAGCACGGCAGAACGGCUUUUGGUCCAGAUGGUCCUUCUUACAGCACUAGUUGAUACUCACUCGUUGCCUGACUUUGUGCUUGCUUGCGUCUCGACCAGUCGGCUUCCCUUGGCUCUCCAGUUCCAACCAAACAUACCAUGGCAAUAUGAUGUAUGGGAUCCAGAUAAGCGUUACAUUCGCCUUCACGGGAACCCGCCCACCCCGCUGCCCUGCAGUGUGAACCACUCGCCAGCCGAUGAUUUUGCUGUUGCAGCCACGCGGGUGGGCAUGGAGAAUAAAGGUUACCCGCCCCAGUUUAUUUUACAUACCUACUAUGGUACUUGGUUCGGCGUUCCCUCCCCCUGCAACCCCCCCGCCUGUCAGGACAUGAUAGGAACAGGGGGCAAGGGGUGA